AUGAGGUUGUGCAAACAGUCACUGCUUCUGCCUGCCAUUGUCAUCUACAACCUCCACUGGCGAAUUUUCCAGAAUGACCACCAGCCUCUGGGACUACUUGUGGCCUUGCAGUACUGCUUUGUCAAUGGAGAGGUGAAGGCCGAGCUGCGGAGGCACUGGGGCCGCUUCCUGCUGGCCCACCACUCGGGCUGCAGAGCCUGGGGCCUGGAGAAGAACUUCCGGUUCCUGGGGAAGUAUCCCAAGAAGCUCUCCAAGGGAGACAGUGCCAGGGCGCUGCAGAAGUCACAGUCCUCGCCUGGCAGCGGGCAGCUCCUGCCGCUGACCAUGCAGGGCCUCGGGGAGCCGGGCACCAGGUCCCACGGGGGCCACACAGCCUGGCGCUGGGGCCGCAGCCUGUCCGAGAGCAGCGAGGGGGACUUCACCCAGGCCCACACCAUGGAGGAGAUUCUGGAGGAGAGUGAGAUGUAGGCGGGCUCCUGCGACAGGUGGUGUGGGGUGCCGUCAUCACUCUUCCCCGGCACCAGGUCCACUUUGACAUGAAGUCUAUCUCGAGGUUCUUCAUGCUCUGAUGAGGUUGUGCAAACAGUCACUGCUUCUGCCUGCCAUUGUCAUCUACAACCUCCACUGGCGAAUUUUCCAGAAUGACCACCAGCCUCUGGUGUGGCCCUAAAUUCAAGUGAAUGGAGCCCCAAGAUACAGAGAGAUGUCUGCUAUGAAAGAGGGGGCAGACAGUAUCUCUUCCUUUUUCCCUCUGAGGCUGGGUUUGGGGUGUAUAAGGACUACCUGGGAAGUGUUUUACAUGCAGAGUUGGGCUCCUGGAUGAUUCUAAGAAAGUACGUCUGGAGCGAUGGCCAGAGUUGGGAGUCGUGUAACAAUCAUCCCAGAUAACUCUGAUGCAAGCCCAGUGUGCAGAAACGAGCAGCCCCUGAGUGGUCAAUGGUGGGAGAAAGCCAGUGGUGUCUUGGAUUCAACAGCUCGGCUGUUACCCGCUCGCCCCCCUCAGACAGUGUGCAACCCCACGCCGCCCAGAACCCCAUUCA